AUGGCACAACCGGCAGAGAAAGAUUACUAUCGCUUUGUGGUGCUGUUCUUCAACUGCCUGCUGACAUUCGGCUCAUACUUCUGCUUUGACAUGCCCAGCGUUUUGCAAAACCAGUUUCAAGGGAACCUGACAUGUCCCAACGCAACAGUGAUCAAUGGGACGGUUGACUGUGUGGAGGGCUUGGGAAUGACCCCUCAGGAGUACAAUCUUCUUUAUGCUAUCUAUGCGUGGACGAAUGCAAUUGUCGUGAUACUGGCUGGCUUCUUGAUUGACAAACUUGGAAACCGAUUUGGAGUUUUUCUCUUCUCCUUCUUGUGCGUUUUGGGUUCCUCCAUGUUUGCGCUAGGGUCCCACUUUAAAGGAACAACCUACCUGCUGCCACUCAUGCUCACAGGACGUCUUCUAUUCGGAUCAGGCAACGGAUCUCUAACCAUUGUUCAGAACCGCAUCACUGCCUUUUGGUUCAAGGGGAAGGAACUGGCCUUAGCCUUUGGGCUCACUUUGGCAUUCUCUCGCCUGGGGUCAGUCCUCAACUUCUUCCUCACGCAGCGCUUUGAAGAAAGGUUUGGAAUGCAGUGGACCCUCUGGGGUGGUGCUCUUUUGUGUGUGCUGGGCUUCAUAUCUGCCAUCAUUGUGAGCUCCCUAGACAAGGUGGGAAUGAGACAGCUCGGUCUUGAUGGUGUCAUCCAAGAGGAGUCUCGCAAAGUGAGAAUCCAAGAUGUGAAGCUGCUGUCCCUGCGAUACUGGCUGCUAGUUCUCACUAUCAUGUUCUUUUAUAAUGGAAUCUUCCCCUUCAUUGCUGAUGCCAGUAAAUUUAUUCAGGAUAAGUACAACGACUACACUCAGAAGGAGGCGUCCUACAUCGCCGGGGCCGUUUAUGAUAGCUCACUGGUUCUAUCUGCCAGCGUGGGAAUUCUUAUAGAUUACGUAGGUCUUCGUGGAAUUUUUGCCGUGUCCUGUGCCGUAUUCACGCUGCCCGUGUUCGGGCUGCUGGCCUUUACCUUCGUGGCGCCUCUGGUUUCCACCAUCUGGCUGGGAAUCACCUACUCUUUUGCUGCUGCAAGCAUGUGGCCAUCCAUUCCCCUAGUUGUACCUCAAGCGACAAUCGGCACGGCCAUGGGCCUCGCCACCUCUGUCCAGAUGAUCGGGAUCGGCAUCUCUAAUCUGGUUGUCGGGCAGAUCUUGGGAACCAAGUCCAGUGACACUAAGAUUCCGCUGUGGCGGUGGCAGAGGAUGAUGAUCUUCAUGUUGGCCAACACCAUCGCGUGCAUCGUCACCUCCGUGCUGCUCAAUAUUGUGGAUCACAGACAGGGCGGGACCCUGAACAAGUUAACCAAAAGAUCGGCGCAGGCUGAGAGAGACAGCGACACAGAGCCACUCUCCCAUGCAGAGGAAGUGGAAAGCGAGGAUGAGAGGAAUGCACAACCGACAUCUCGCACCGUCGGCUCCGUCAACUCGUGA